CAUUUGCCGCAUCGACUGAAACUUUGCAAGGACUAUGGCGUCGCUGUUCCGCAUAACAUCGAACAACAUAUUCAGGCCUUCGUCACGGUCAUUCGCGACAGCGGCACAAACAAAAGUAGCGUCUAAAUCAGAACCAAACACCCACUUCAAAAUCACUCUCCGCCGCUCUGCAAUUGCACUAGGUGAACGGAAGAAGGAAACCUUGGUAGCACUCGGGCUGCAUAGACGCAUGCAAACCGUGUAUCAAGUCCACAGUCCAGAAGCUGCAGGAAAAAUUCUCAAGGUGAAGGAAUUAGUCGAGGUUGAGAAUGUACCAGCAAAGGCUGUACGCUCUCAGUCAGAGCAGAGGAAGGAGAGGAAGGCAUCUAGAGGGUACCAGGUACAGGGCACAAAACUGGGAGAGCUUGCAUGGGAAUUUUCAUGACCAGGUCCGUUCAUCUCGCACUCUUUCGUUCUGCACUCACCCGCUUUAUAAACUAAAGGCCACAUCAUUCCAUUGACCAGAGUCCUUUCUCAUCCUCUUGUUUAUUAUUGGUUUUCCCUUAGUUAUAUGCCUAUAUUGUUAUUUGAAGAUUCGAUAACCUUUUCAGGUGGUGUCUGCUUUCGCUCUCUGCCAUCAUGUUGUCUUUCAUCGGAACAAUGAAAUUCAUGGUGCGGCGUUUAUCUUUCGAAGCAGAUGCCUCGUGGCUCCACCAUGAGCGUGUCUGACUACCUGAUUAAUCGUUGACAUACAGCUCAAGCAUUGCAAGCUAUAAUUGCCGUUUUUUGCUGUACCAUGAGUUGCCCCCCAGUCCGAUACCGCAGUCCCACGACACCACGAAUGCAUCGCAGAUUUUCCCGCC